GAAUAAGUAAGGUUAGGUCAUUCUUACUUAACCUCUAAGUAGCUGAUGGAAAUUUCAUUUUAAAUUCAAUGAAAUAAACAAAUAUGUUUCGAUAUUGUUCAACUUCUACCUGUCAGCAUUUCUCUCGAGCUUUAAAAACAAUCUCAGAACAAACAAAAAAUCCCAAAUACGAUGGAGUGGUUGAACAGUGUUUGCUAAAUAAAAGUCCUAGGCUUUGGACAAAAUUAAUCAGAAACAUUUCGCAAUAUCGCCCCAAUGAAACAGAAACAACUUCCAUUGACACAAACGAACCAAAAAACCAGAAGAUUAAAACAGAAUUAAGUAAAGAAUUAUUAAAACUAUACACAAAUGCACAAACGACGUUCUCGAAAAAGAAGACUCUUCUAUGGUCAUCGGCAGCCGCUGUAUCAGUAUCUGAAAGCAUCCCCACAAAUACAGAUGUAUCUAGUACUCUAACGGCAUCUGACGCAAAAGUUGAACCUGCAAUCGAGGCGAAAACCGAGCCAGUAGCUCCUCCAGAAGCCGCUUCUCCGCUUCCUGUAGAACCCAUCCCGGAACCUCCGAGCGUUCCGACGCUUCCCGAAGGCUUCGAGGAUCUCGUCACCCAGUUGAGCGCUAACGGGGAACCCACCCUCGCCUCGCUAGGAAUGGGGGGCUACACCCCAGUAGGAAUGAUACAGAAUUGUUUGCAGUAUCUGCAUUGCGAUUUAGGGAUGGAAUGGUGGGCUGCGAUUGCACUAGGUACGUUAGUAGCGAGGAUCUUGAUGUUCCCUUUGGUGGUGAUAGCGCAACGGAACGCUGCGAAGAUGAACAAUUACCUUCCGCAGGUGCAGAUUCUGCAAUUGAAAAUGACCGAGGCCAGGCAGUGUGGUAAUCAGUUCGAGGCGGCUCGUUAUUCGCAGGAAAUGAUGACGUUUAUGAAGGAAAAAGGGCUGAAUCCUUUGAAGAAUAUGAUCGUUCCUUUAGCUCAGAUGCCGGUGUUUGUUUCGUUUUUCGUAGGACUACGAAGAAUGGCGAAUCUCCCGGUGGAUAGUUUAAGAACAGGAGGAAUGUGGUGGUUUACCGAUCUUACCUUACCCGAUCAGUAUUUCAUUCUACCUAUAAUAACCAGUGUUACUUUAUAUGCUACCAUCGAGCUGGGAGCAGAUAGUGCUAAAUUAUCGGCGCAGAACAUGCAAAUGAUGAAAUACGUCCUGAGGGCUUUGCCCGUUGUCAUUUUACCGUUCACCGUUAAUUUUCCGGGCGCUAUUUUGUGCUAUUGGGUCUCCACUAAUUUCAUAUCUCUAGCUCAAGUAGGCAUUUUGAAAUUGCCCAAAGUGAGGAGGUACUUUAACAUAGAAGCGUCGCGUAAAAUCGAUCCGCAAGAGUUGCCGGUGAAGCCCAAAGGAUUCAAGCAAGGAUUGAAAGACUCUUGGGAAAAUAUGAAAAUCGCGAAAGAGUUGGAAGAACGAAGGAAAUUGGAUGAGUUGUAUUUCCAAAGAGCUGGUCGAGGACCAAUGGUUAAAACGUAUAAACAUAAUCCAACAAAACAAACAGACUCUACUAAAACAACAACAACAACACCAGUAUCGGCAAAAAGUAGAUAAAAUGUAAUAAUAAUAUAAUUUCAGUUGUUAAUAAAGCAUUUAUUUUGUUCCACCCGAAUCCCAUAUUCCGACAAAGAACUGUAGACUACAUUGACGAGUAGUAAGUUUUGUUUUCGUUAUUUAAAC